AUGUUAACCUGCCUUCUCCAAAAUUUGCUUCUCGUUUCUCUGAAUCAGCUUUCCUAUUUUGUCCACAGGAACCAAGAAAACCAGAGUGCUGAAGUCACUUUCAUUCUCUUGGGCUUCUCAGAAUAUCCAGGACUCCAGGUGCCUCUGUUCCUGUUAUUCUUAACCAUCUACACAGUCACUGUGCUGGGGAACCUGGGCAUGAUUGUGAUUAUCAAGAUCAAUCCCAAACUCCACACCCCCAUGUACUUUUUUCUCAGCCACUUAUCCUUUGUUGAUUUCUGUUAUUCUACUGUAGUUACACCCAAACUACUAGAAAAUUUGGUUGUGGAAGACAGAACCAUCUCUUUCACAGGAUGCAUCAUGCAAUUCUUCUUUGCAUGCAUAUUUGUGGUGACAGAAACAUUCAUGUUGGUGGUCAUGGCGUAUGACAGAUUUGUGGCAGUUUGUAACCCUCUUCUCUACACAGUUGUAAUGUCGCAGAAGCUUUGUUCCUUACUGGUGGCAGCACCAUACCUUUGGGGUACAGUCUGUUCCCUGACCCUUACCUACUUUCUAUUGGAAUUAUCCUUCAUAGGAAAGAAUAUUAUAAAUAACUUUGUCUGUGAGCAUGCCGCCAUUAUCUCUGUGUCUUGCUCUGACCCCUACGUAAGCCAGGAGACCAUUUUAGUCUCUGCAACAUUCAAUGAAAUAAGCAGUCUAUUGAUCAUUCUUACUUCCUAUGUUUUUAUCUUUAUCACUGUCAGGAAAGUGCCUUCCACCGAGGGGCGCCACAAAACCUUCUCCACAUGUGCCUCCCACCUGACAGCCAUUACCAUUUUCCACAGGACCAUCCUAUUUCUCUACUGUGUUCCUAACUCCAAAAGUUCAUGGCUCGUGGUCAAGGUAGCCUCUGUCUUUUACACAGUGGUCAUGCCCAUGCUGAACCCACUGAUCUACAGCUUCAGGAACAAAGACGUGAAGGAGACCCUCAGGAAGUCAAUCAGUACCAAAUUAUUAUGUCAUUAA